UAUGAGGUGACCACCGCCGCAGCACCGUUAAAGGCAUAUAGUUAACCUCCCGUUUACCUUUACGGUUUAAUUGAUAGUGUCUCUAGUGAAUGUCGACAUGGAUACAGUUUUUAAUUCUUCGGUUCUUCUGCAUGGAUUGGUCGUCAUAGGAAGUUUCACGGUGUUGUUUUAUCUUUUUAAGUUUUCUUGGAAAUGCUGGUGCGGAUUCAGGGCAUACGUGCUGUCAGAAUAUUGGCAAACUGACCUCAAAACAUACGGGCAGUGGGCGGUUGUUACCGGAGCAACCUCAGGGAUCGGGAGAGCCUAUGCCAAUGAGUUGGCUAGAAGAGGACUGGACAUUGUCCUGGUCAGCCGUUCAGAAGAAAAGCUUCAUGCUGUCGCCAUGGAGAUUGAGAGGUCCUACGGGAGGCAGACACGGGUCAUUCAGACAGACUUCACAGUGGGCCAUGCAAUCUAUCCAGCCAUCGCAGAGAAGCUGGGUGAACUGGAUAUCGGCAUACUGGUUAACAAUGUAGGUAUGAACUACGCUGGAAUGUUAGUGUAUUUUAUGGAUAUUCCAAACCCUGAGCAGAGAAUCACGGAAGUCAUCAACUGCAACAUUCUGUCUGUGACACAGAUGACCAGACUGGUUCUUCCACGCAUGGUUGAAAGGGGUAAGGGCCUGAUCAUAAACAUAUCUUCAGAGGCUGCCUCUGAACCCCAGCCCAUGCUGUCCCUGUAUUCUGCAACCAAGAUUUUUGUGACAUACUUCUCCAGGUGCCUGAACUCGGAGUACAGUCCUCGAGGAGUUACCGUACAGUGUGUUGCUCCCUUCGUUGUGUCCACAAACAUGACCCACAACGUUGCGGUCAGUGCCUUUGUGAAGAGCGCCCCUGAUUUUGCCCGCGAAGCCCUGAACACAGUUGGCCACUCCAGCUUCACCAGCGGAUGCCUAUCUCACGCCCUCCAGCACGUUGCUCUGUCUAUCUUUUUUCCUGGCUGGUUUCGUCUCUCUGCAUUCUGUGUGAGGCAGACAGAGAAAUUUGCCCAAUCGAAACGGAAGGAACUAGAGGAGAUGAUGGCAAAAUGUGAGAAGAAGGAGAACUGAGAGGACCAUUAACACUGGGGCAGAAAAGGGAUAAGCAAAAGCUCUCUGUAUUUAGGUUUUUGCUUUAGUUGCAUUUUCACGGCUUGCUAUUUAGGAGAUGUUUUGAGUGUAACUGAGCAGAGAGCCCAUCUUAAUCCAUCCAGGAGCUGUCUGAACCUUUGGGGUUAUGAUUGACAGCUGGUUCAUUGAUGCUUCCCAUUCUCCUUUUUGUUCUAUGAAAUACAGAUUUUGUUAGUGUUACCACGUCUGUAUAAUCUUGUGAAAUUUCUAAUCUUAAUCAAUAUGCACAUGGAACCGUCGAUUACUGUGUGUCUGAGCAUACACCAGGGGGUGCUGUUGAUGUAGGGGGGGGGUCUCAGAAAUGAUGAGUGUGUUGGACUAUAAUUCUGUGCUCUUUCUUGGGUAGUACAUAGGCAGUAAAAGAAACCCUCAUGUAACUUUCCCUAAAGAAGAUGGCUUGAUCAGGAAAUUUUUGAUUAAACUGUAAUACAUAAAUAUCUUAAUCAUGUUUAGCAAGGAACUGGGUGUGUUCCCAGAAUGCUGUGACAAGCUAAAGAAAUGGGUGGAGUACUGUUGUUUUACCCUACAAAACACUGAUAGUAUGUAAAAACACAGCACAAGCUCCUUACGUAAUCCCAGAUAAGAUCUUCUAAAUAAGAUCUCCCUUUUGCUUAUACCAAGAGCUUCACACCCCUUUGCUGUUGACCAAAGUUUACAGAGAUCCCUGGUUUAACUCCAUCCUAAUGGGGUUUUCAUGUAGUCCAAAACUCCCAGCUGUUUCCAAUGGCUCUCAACUGAACUUAAUCAGGCAAAGGUGGUGACCAGCGCAAACCCACCUCAUUCAUUCAGCUCCCACAGUGUGAAGUGGCCUUAUAUUUAUGUUAUUCAUGUCUGUAGGCUUUUAUGGGUAAAUGCCAAAGAUGUGCCAAUGAACAUUUACAGAUCGUGAUGCCAAAAGAUCAAGGCAUUUUAAUAAUGUUGUGUUUUGAUAUAAUAUGUGUUGUAUAGGUAAAUUUACCAUAUCAACAUCAGUGGAGCCAGGCUGAAAGACAAAAGGAUGCACAGUAAUAACUGUUUCACCUGACAUGCUAGAAAUCAUUGAAUACCAUUACUGUGAUUCUUCAGUGCUUCUGUUGAGAAUUAAAAAUCUGACGUGUUCCCCAUUGAUUUGAUACUGGAAAAUUUUAAACUCUCAUACAUACACACAAGCCAAAAUAUUGCUAUUGUUAUCAUUCUUGAAACUUUUUUCCCCACAACAGU